UGCUUCAAUUUUUUUCAGACAUCUUGAUUUCUAGCUGAUAUUCUUCAUAAUCUCUGAUAAGAAACAAUAGCUAUUCUUUUUUUUUAAUUUUGGUUUAAUUAUUCAAUAUUUUGUAUUUGCUUUUCACAUUUCAGUGGUUUUCAGGAAGCAGAGUUAACUAAAUGUGUAUUUUGUCUCUCAACUUUAUCUCACAAAUUUUAAUCUAUUUUAAUUUUAUUUUAGGUAACGUAUGUCAACAGACAAACAAAUGGAAAGACGAAAUCACUCAAUGGUGUCUAAGUUUAUUUUGCUGGGACUCACAGAGUCUCAUGAGUUACAAAUUUUCUUUUUCUUAUUUUUUUCCAUUAUUUACAUAGCCAUCGUGUUAGCCAACCUCACCAUUAUCUUUGUAGUGAAACUGGACCCUCAAUUGCACUCUCCCAUGUACUUUCUACUGGCCAAUCUCUCCUUUAUUGACAUGUCCCUGGCCUCGUUUGCUACUCCCAAGAUGAUCUUUGACUUUCUUAGUGAAUGUAAGUCCAUCUCUUAUGAAGGCUGCAUGACCCAGAUGUUUUUCCUUCACCUUUUAGGUGGAAGUGAGAUGAUGUUGCUUGUAGCCAUGGCAAUUGAUAGAUAUGUUGCCAUUUGCAAACCCCUCCGUUACAAAACUAUCAUGAGCCAUAGUGCUUGCAUCAGGCUUGCACUUCUCUCCUGGACCACCGGUUUUAUGCACACCUUGAGCCAAAUGAUUUUCACAGUGACCUUGCCAUUCUGUGGCCCCAAUGUCGUGGACAGUUUCUUUUGUGAUCUUCCUCAGGUCAUCAAACUUGCCUGCACUGAUACUUACAUCUUCGAACUGUUGGUCAUUGCAGACAGUGGAGUACUCUCUUUGUUCUGUUUCAACUUUCUGCUCAUUUCCUAUAGCAUCAUCCUGUUUAAAGUCCAGCAUCGCUCCUCCAGUGGGUCUUCCAAGGCUUUGUCAACUCUUUCAGCCCACAUCACAGUAGUGGUACUGUUCUUUGGACCUUGUAUCUUUAUCUAUGUGCAGCCAUUCAGCAGUAUUUCUAUAGAUAAGAUUCUCUCUGUGUUUUAUACAAUUUUUACACCCCUUUUAAAUCCAGUCAUCUACACAUUAAGAAAUAAAGACAUGAAGAAAGCAAUUAAAAAAAUAAAGACCAAGCGUGUGAGUUCCAGAUCAACCUUUUAACUGAGAUAUUAUAAUCGUCAAAGAUGAUGUCAUCAUCAUUAUCUCUGUCAAAAGCCAUUAAAGUGUAGGGUUUUGUACUAAACAACAUGUCAUACUUUGGUAAAUUAUAACUCUUCCCUACACAAGCAUAUAUGCAAUAAAACACCUUGAAU